GGGGCGCGAUGAUGGCGAGGAGCAGGGAUGCGGUGCAAGCACGUGCUGUCUUCUCCUGACCCAUUUUUCUGGCUGCUUCGAGACUGGAUCGAUGUGAGCGCCUUUGUGGUUAAACAAGCUGACAGACGUUCACUGGAUAGCUUUAUGAACGAACUGUCGGGCCAGGUUCACAUGUCCACCUUCUGCGUUCUAUACUGCGCUCUCCUUCUCCAGCACUUCUCUGUCAAUCGUUGUGUGUGACGGGGAGAAAAGCGGCAAAGAAGUGAUACGCUGCACACACAUCUGACGAGCCACAGGCUCACACCCAGGGUUCGUGUCGAGCCGGCACCACAGACGUAGUCCUCUUUGUGGAUUGUCUGCCAUUUCACGAUUCCGAGCGUUAAAAGUUUACCCUCGACUGACUUCGGGCAAUCGCAACCUUCUUGCACACCCGACUUCAGGAUUUGCGGCUGCCUCUGUCUGGUCUGGCCACUGGCCAAGUGUGAAGGCAUCUGGACCGGGGAAUCUGAUUUGAUGUGUCCAACACCGAGAAUCAGCAGAGUCGCCUACAGACCCGCCAGGCUCACCAGAGACACCGAGGAGUAAUCCCACAGACACUCGGGCCCACGUGCUACCCCUAGAGGUACUCUCACCAUCGGGGACCUCACGGACCAAGCUUCUGAAAUGCAGAUGAACGGCAAGGCCAGCUACGUUACCACAGAGGAGGGCAGGCCGCAGAUGUCCUUCGCACCUGGCACAGGUGCUGGCGGUGACAGGUCUAAAUGGACGCGGCUGGAAUUCCUGCUGGCUGGUAUAUGCGUCCUGUUGUCCACCAUAAUCCUGGUGCUAGUGGUCAUCUUGGCAGCACAGAACAUACACCUGGGGAAUGCUUCUGCAAACGGUAACUUUGGGAAGUCACCUGCCUCGUCCCAGCUUGGGAUGGACCAAACGGCGGUCUUCACAGCACCAGUUGGUGUCACCCCAGGUAGCCACCUUUCCCAAGACGAGAAAUAUGUCCAUCGAGGGAAUGGUGCCUCAGCGUCCCAGACAGCCCUGGCUAAAAAAACGGAGAAAGAUGUCGAUGUAUGCUUGACCGCUGGCUGUGUCAAAGCGGCCGCACGGAUCCUCACGGCCAUGGACCAGACUGUCAACCCUUGCGACGACUUCUUCGAGUUUGCCUGCGGCAACUGGAACAAGAUCAACAUCAUCCCAGACGAUAGAGCACUGUACAACACUUUCUCCAAACUAGCCGACGACAUUCUUGGCAUAUUGAAAGAUUUGUUGGAAGCACCUAUCACCAAGAAGGACAGCAAAGCCACCCAAAACUCAAAAAAACUCUACGCAUCUUGUGUCAAUGAAACUCUGAUCGACCUCCAGGGCCUGGAGCCCAUCAAGUCUCUGCUGAGGGAGCUGGGGGGAUGGCCCGUCGUCAUGGGCAACGAGUGGAAAGAGGAGGACGUUGACCUCAUUGACCUGAUUGUGAAGUUGCGCCUCUACAACAACAAGAUCCUCAUCGAUCAGUGGGUUAGCGCUGACGACAAGAACUCUAAAGUUAACAUCAUACAGCUGGACCAGCCAGAUCUGGGAAUGGAGUCCCCGGACUAUUACAUCAAGCCGGCGGAGGGGGAACUACUGCAGGUGUACGAAAAGCUUGCGCGCGAUGUCGCCAUCAUAUUUGGAGCCAACGAGACGAGGGCCAAACAAGAGGUCCAUGACCUGGUGCAGCUAGAGGUCAAGCUGGCUAACAUCACUGUUCCGGAGACAGAGAGAAGGGACAGCGAGAAGAUGUACAACAGGAUGACAGUGAAAGAGCUGCAGAAAAUGAUUCCUGGCUUUGAUUGGCUGCUGUACCUUCAGAAGAUGUUCAAGUUUGUUGGCAUUGAAAUAAAUGAAAACGAAGAGGUUGUCGUUUACUCCCCCGAUUACUUGAAGAAGAUGGUUGACCUCAUCCUUCAAACAGACAAAAGGAUCUUGGUCAACUACAUGAUCUGGCGGAUUAUGAUGAACCGCAUCCCCAAUCUUCCGCGAGAGUACCGCGCCAUCAAAAACGAAUAUAGCAAGAAGAUGUUUGGCUCGGAGACGGAAAGAGCUCGGUGGAAGGAAUGUGUAGAAUACGUGAAAGAAAACCUCGGCAACCCAGUCGGGCGAAUGUUUAUAGAGGAAAACUUUGACGAAACUUCCAAGACCACGGCUCUUGAGAUGAUUCAUAAUAUCAGGGAUGCUUUUUACGACCUGCUCAAAGAGGCUGACUGGAUGGACCAACCGACACAACUGGUGGCACGUGAGAAGGCAGAGGCGGUGACCGAGAAGAUCGGAUACUCGGACAGCAUCCUCAAUGACACGGCGCUGAACGAGGAGUUCCAGGACGUGACAUAUUCUCCAGACCACUACUUUGAGAAUGUUCUGGCCAAUAUUCGUCACAUCACUGUCACCAACCUUAAAAGACUCCGGGAUCCAGUCGACCGCACCAAAUGGUCAACAACUCCAGCUGUUGUGAACGCUUUCUACAGUUCGGCGAAAAACCAGAUUAUGUUUCCUGCUGCAAUUCUUCAGCCACCCUUCUACAGCAAAGAGUAUCCAAAGUCUCUGAAUUACGGAGGUAUUGGUAUGGUUAUUGGACACGAAAUUACUCAUGGAUUUGAUGAUAGAGGUCGGCAAUUCGACAAAGACGGCAACCUUAUACAGUGGUGGGACGACAUCGUCAUCCAGAAGUUCAAAGAGCGUGCACAAUGUAUCAUUGACCAGUACAACAACUACACAGUUCCAGGGCUUAACAUUAACGUAAACGGCAUUUUGACGCAAGGCGAGAACAUUGCUGAUAACGGUGGCAUCAAAGAGGCAUACAAGGCGUACCGCAAGUGGGUAGCAGAUAGAGGUAGUGAAGAACCACGCCUGCCAGGUAUGGAGGAAUACGACAACAAUCAACUAUUCUUCAUAAAUUUCGCACAGGUGUGGUGCGGCACAAUGCGCCCCGAGGCUUCAAUAAACCGGAUACGCACCAGCGUGCACAGUCCUGGCCGCUACAGGGUGAUCGGAACGCUGCAAAACCUGGAUGCCUUUUCUGAGGCUUUCAAGUGCAAGGCGAACUCGUACAUGAAUCCCCCGCACAAGUGUUCUGUCUGGUGAAGAGUGUGAGGCCGCACCCCAUCCUGCCUCUUAUUGUCAAGGCAGCCUCCCACCCUUCCCUAAGAACGAGCACUUUGGCUACAGAUUUUGGUUCCACGUGACUUCUCACCCGAAGCACGUCCUCGUGUCGUGAACUUUCUCCAGGGGACGAGCGAGAACUUGAAGGGCAGAGCAGAUCCGUGUGACAGUUCUUGCUGUUGUCUCACCUGAACGUCCAGACACGCGAGACGAUGAACACGGCUUUGGUGCAAGAGAGCACAUCCAUCUCACUGCAUGCUACAGGUGGGUCCAUGAUCACUGCUGGUUUGUUAUUAUGGCGGCUGUCUGGGCGAAGCGCGUCAGAGGAGAUCACUCUCGGCAACACUCUUCAGCGCAAGGUGAACAGAGUCCGCCUGCUUUGCUCGCACGUGCGUUGUGACGUAAUCAAACCUUAACAUACAGGUGUCGCUUCCCGCCGUGGCAGACUUGUGGCAAAGUGUGGACUUUUUGUUUUUAAACUGGCUCAUUGUGUGCAUCCCUGCGCAGAACAGAUUGCAGUGGCUUUGCUAAAGGAGUGAACAUAUUUUCAGAUGUAACCAAGGUGGUUUGCCUCUACUGACCGUUGAUGUGGUGUGCGCGAACGGUUCAAACUGUUGCGUGGAUUUUGUGAUGUUUGCCUUUGUCUCAAGUUUCAACAACAAACUGACGAAGUAAUGCAAUCAGUGUAACAUAGAAAUGAAAGGCUUCGAUAUUGGCUCGCCGCGAAACAGGCUUGACAGUAUUCUAGACAGUUGAGGAUAUCCUGGGCUUGAAGCACGUGCAAUAUUCUUUGCAUUGGUCUUUGCAACCUUUCAUCUUUGAUAAAGGUGGCAGCUGGACAGACAUGAGCAGGUAACUCCCCUGAGAGAAAACAAAUCAGUCACCAGGCCAGUUGAAAGAAAGUGUAAUUUUUUUUUGUUUUGUUUUGUUUUGUACAAAACUGUAAAGAGACUGGAUCUCUGUCAUUACCUGUUUUUUGCAAUUAUUAUUAAUAUUAUUACCUCAUGUCUAUUUUAAUUUUUUACCUGAUGUUUCACCUUGACACUGUGACCUUCGAAGUUAUUAACGAUGCUUUCCGGUGCUUUCUAAAUGUAAUCCUUGUUUGUUGUCGACACUUUUAAAAUUUUGAUGCAAAAUUUUAGUCGUCCUGUGGUUUUAUAUUUACGAUACAAAUGUUUUAAAAAUCUUAAGCUGUUUUUAUUCUCGUCUUUUGUAACGUAUUUCCUGUCUCUUUCUCCAAACUUUCCAAACACCACUCGCACUCACACACACACACACAUAUACACACUUUCUCGUGUAUUAUUGUACAACUCAUCCUUCUCAUACUUUCAUCAUCAUACUCUCCAUCUUUCACCAACCCUUCAUCUUCUCAUACUUAUGUGUGCGUUGUUUGUGAGUGCAUGUGAGUGUGUGAACAUCUGCGUGUACGUUCUUCUGUACCCUUCUUGCAAUUGUGUGCAUAUGUAUUCUCGGCGUGCAUGUGUGUGUGUGGAAGCAGCUGAAAAGCACAAAGCUCAUGUUUAGAGAUCUUUUGUCUGAACAUGCAUAAUAGAUGGCCACAACUUGAUAAAUGAUUUCUUUUGUUAGUUUAACAUAAAAUUAUAUCCAUCCAGGUCUUGAAUCACCUGCUCUCAAACGUUUUGUUGUUGACACCAACUCAUCAAACGUUCUGUUUAGCUUGAGGAUGAUUUUGUCUUCGUCUUUGACGCUUGUCUGUGAGAAUUUUUGCUCUCUGAUCACCGCUAUUUUCUUUCGUGGUGUUGCUUUCCAAUUCCUGUCGCUGAAGACACGCGACAAGUUUUUACUACACGCACGCGCAACUUCUUUUUUUCUUAGCUUUUUUUAAAAGGAAAACUUCAAUUUUUUUCUUUCUUACGUGUGCUAUUUUGGCUUGUUGGGGCGAAGAAGAGGAGAAAGAAUACUACUGUUUUCCUGUUUGUUGUUGUUGCUGUUCUUGUUUCUUUUAAGACAUGACCCAAAUUGGACGAUACUUGUAAAAACUCGACAAACUUAAAGACAAAGAAUGAUACAAGGUGAUUUUACGCGAAAGUUGUUGGCACUUUUGCCUCAUGUUCUAGGAUGUCAUCCCACUGUGAAGCUAGGAGCAGGACCGUUGCUCGUGUGAACGGCUGUGUGUCAGCGUGAGAAGUGUUCAAGGCUCACGUACAGCGUGUUCUGAAGUUUGUUACUUCGUAGUUAGGAUCAUGUUUAUUGGCCGCACAGACACGCAUUACACCCAUUACUGCAAGGGUCAAAGUGCAAGGAAGCGCAAGCCCCAGUUUAUGUAUCCCAGUUGUUUUCUUGUACAUUUUAUAAACUGUAUUUUUAAGCGUUUCACAAUAAAGGUGAUAGAAAUUCG